ACUUGAUGCGCAUCAACCUGCGUGGGUUUUCCACAUAGCUCUACUCCAAUAGUCUUGCCGAGGCAGCUUGGAGACUAAACUUAUCAGAUUUACAGGAUGAUGGCACAAGACCCAAGCCUGUCCCACCCGGGCAUGGAGACUGCAGGAGAAGAUGCAGUCAAGUGAUCCGUGGGUGUUCGACCCUUCCCAGCUUCCGAACGAUGUGGAUCUCGAUGCCCUCUUAGGUCCUGUGCAGUACGAUCUCGAUAUCCGAGAGAACGAGUCUCAAGAAGACGAUUCAUGGUUGUAUGACCUAUUCCAGGUUGGGGAUCAGCUUCCCGAACCACAGAGUAAAAGAAGAAAACUUUCCAAAGAGCCUGCCCGAGAGUCCGUUCAUGGAGCUCAACCUAGCACACUACAGGUACCAGUUGAAUCAUUAGAGCACUCGUCUUCAACAAUUCCUGGGCCACCUAAUCCGAAUGGGAGCUCCAUUAACCUAGAUGCUAUCUCUGUUCCAUCUGUUGGGGAUGAAGGCCAGUUAGAUGAAUUUGGGUUGAAGAGUUGUGAACCUGUUGGAGGAAAUAGACCAGGGCAAUUGCCGCCCUACAAGGGCCCUCAAUCUUUGCUCACCCAGGAUCUGACUCCUGCAUCAACUCCUGGAUCCGGUCAUGAAUCUGAUAUUGCAGCGUCCAACCAGCACCCUCAAUCCCUGAAGCAACAGAGGGAGGCAGGUGCUGAGUCCCUACCGACACCCCAAACCCAAGAUGGCGAGACGUAUUUCUCUAUGGAGAGUGGACACGCCAUUGGAACAGACUCCUAUGAUAUGGACGAUGGUAGCUUGUUUGGGGACGAUCCCCGAGAAUGGUCAAGCAAAGAGGCUUCUCUACUGGAGGAUUCGUCGUCGUCAUCAGCGACAGAUGCACCGUCGUCAAAGGCCUCAACCCCCCAGACUCUACAGUGGGAUCCAAAUAUCCCCUUGAAAUCUGUAGAAAGAGACUCACCUGAAUCGGAGUCACGUUGCCGAAAGAAAGUUCUCAAUACCACGCUCCCCAGAUACAUCAGUAAGAAGGCCGCCCUAGAGUUCGGCAUUCAAAAAAGUUUGUUCAGUCUCGAUAAGAACCAGCCCACAUCCACAGCGACCCCCGCAGUAGGUUUGGGCAGUGUGAAUCGAAUUCGCACUAGUAACGCCGAGCACGAGCACGAUCGCAAUAGACAACUGCCACACCCCCUCGCCUUUUCAGAUCUUGGAAGCUUACUCCCACUCUCCCUUGCUUUUUCGAUUGCACAACCAGCACAUCUAGCUUCCAUCCUGGGAACUGUUCUUGACGCAUACAACUCAGCUACUCCUUCUCACCAAGUCCCCGAGCAACUGGCUAAGCUCUUUGACUCUCUCGAAAGAAAAUUCAACAACGACGAAAAGUUCAGACAAUCUACUUUCACUUACUUGGCGGCAAAGAUGGCAUCGGCUGCUAGGAUGCCGGUGGCUAAUAUGGGACCUCUGAAUCAUCAUGCCCCCUCAGUUUCGAGCAUAGAAUCUUCUUUCAUCAUAAUCCAGGACGACGAACCGAUGAUAAUGGCACCAACGUGGGAUAGUUUGCGCGAUAAUGACUUGCCCGCGAGAGCCGGGCAAAAUAAUGCUGGCACGAAAAAGAAGCGCAGACGUCCAGCCCGCAAGCAGUCCCAGCAGUAUCAAAUCGGCGAGGAUGAACAUGCAGCCCACAAGACGUUCCAGCAGGAUCAAUUCAGCGAGGAUCAACAGAAUUCCCAGCGUGGUCAAUUCGGCGAGGCUCAACAAUAUAGGUACGAGUCUUUCGAUCCACGAGAAGUGGCGCUGCCUCCAGGUCUUGAGCUGUCCGAAUAUAUGCACCCGACGCCUGCAGGGCCUGAGAGAACCACGACUCUAUCAAUUAGAAGAGCUUGUGCCGGUUCAACCUCUGUCUUUGAAACCAUAACUACAUAUAUUCGAACGCAAGACAACGCUCUUGAGCUUACUGGCUUCUCGGUGAAUGAAGACAAGAAUAACUAUGCGCCUUUCAUGCGAGCAUCGUCUUGCGUCGACCCACGCCUUUUGUCUUCGGACCUCGAGGGCAUUACGGAUGUUGAUCAGAUGAGGGAGAUUGCCAUCGAGAGGACGAAAGAGAAGAUCGAUUUGGCCCAUACCAUGACCCAAACCUUAGAGGACCUGACAAAGAAAGUUAGUGAGGCAGAGGCGGGGAAGCAGCUGCGUCGCAUCUGGCAACUCGAGCGUGAACUUGAAGAGAAGAAGCAGGAGCUCGAGGAGACAAGGCAACGCCUGGCUUACUUCGAGAAGAUUGCCACCAGCAUCCCGGGAGCAUCCGCACCUAGUCCAACCCCACUGGGUCGAUCCGGCAGUCAUAAACGUACAAGAUAAUGGAGGGUUACAAAGAUCGGGCGUUACUGUUCGUCUGUCUCUCUAUCUUGUAGAUAUUAUGGAUAUGUAGAUAUGACGAAAUGAAACGCUCU